CUUCGCUCUGGGGCUCUGCAAUGAAGCGUAGCUUCGGUUCCAAUUCUUCAGGCAAUAAUGGGAGCAACAAGAAGACUAAGAAGAAGAAUAAUAAUCCGAGCAAUCAGAAAACCCUAGGCGCCGCAUGGGGCGCUGCUUCUUUACCUUCCUCUCGUUCUUCUUUUCGGUCUUCUCCAUUUUCCGAUUUUGGAAGUUACAUGGAAGUGAAAAAUCGGAAACUUCAAAACCAAUAUGAGACUGAGGCUUCCACUUCUUCUUACGGUGUUUCGGGUUCUGAGAAACUUAUUUUCCAAGGGAUUUCAAUCUUUGUGGAUGGUUUCACCGUACCUUCUCAUCAGGAAUUGCGAGGUUACAUGAUGAGGUACGGUGGGAGAUUCGAGAACUACUUUUCUAGGCGUACUGUAACGCAUAUCAUAUGCAGCAACCUUCCAGAUAGCAAAGUCAAGAAUCUAAGGGCAUUCAGCAGAGGGUUACCUGUUGUGAAACCCACUUGGAUAGUGGACUCUAUCUCUGCCAACAGACUUUUGGGGUGGGUUCCUUACCAGCUAGAUCAACUGAAUGAUACCCAGCCAAAGUUGUCUGCCUUUUUUGCACCCAGAAGCCAUUUGACUCCACAGCUGGUUUCACCGGUUACUUCUUAUCCGCCUGAAACUGGAUACAGUGAAGUUGAAGAAGGAAGUGCAAUUAGAGUAGAAGAUUCAGAGGAAUCAAGAGACCACGUUGAUAAUGAAUUUGAUGGCGUUGGUAUUGAGAACAGUACUGCAGAAACGACAGAACAAACAAGAAAUGACGAUCUGAAAUCUUCUGAAGUGAAUGCGGAAAUACUUGCCAACCCUGGCAAAGAAGAAAAAGAAGUUAGUAGUGAACUUCAGUCCUCUACCAAUCUGCCUUCUGCUUCAGACAACAAAUCCGUCCAUGACAACGGGAAGAAUGAUGGCAAAUCGAUUGCAACUGCUGCUGGAUCCUCUAUAAGGCGUCAUUCAACUCUCGAGGAUCCCAAUUUUGUGGAAAACUACUUUAAGAAUUCAAGGCUGCAUUUUAUCGGAACGUGGAGAAACAGAUACCGUAAAAGAUUUCAUGGUUCUUCUAGUGGACUUAAAUGGGCAGACUCUGGCCAGAAUACAGCUGAAAGUGCUAAGAAGUCAACCAUUAUCCACAUUGAUUUGGAUUCCUUCUUUGUGUCGGUGGUAAUCAGGAACCGUCUUGAAUUACACGACAAGCCGGUAGCCGUAUGCCACUCAGAUAAUCCAAAAGGAACGGCAGAAAUUUCCUCUGCAAAUUAUCCAGCUCGGGCUUAUGGAGUGAAGGCAGGCAUGUUUGUAAGACAUGCAAAAGACCUUUGUCCUCAGCUUGUUAUUGUGCCUUACAACUUUGAAGCGUAUGAAGAGGUAGCUGAUCAGUUUUAUGACAUCUUGCACAUGCAUUGCAGAAAAGUUCAGGCGGUAAGCUGCGAUGAAGCAUUUUUAGAUGUCUCAGAUUUGAGGGAUGUAGAACCUGAGUUAUUAGCAUCAACAAUAAGAAAAGAGAUCCUUGAUACUACUGGAUGCAGUGCAAGUGCUGGGAUAGGCGGUACUAUGCUAAUGGCUCGUCUUGCUACCAGAGUUGCUAAACCAGCCGGCCAAUUCCAUAUUUCUGCUGAUAAGGUAGAGGAGUUCUUGGAUCAGCUUCCAGUCGGCACACUACCUGGUGUAGGUUCUGUGUUGAAAGAGAAGCUGGAGAAGGAAAAUUUUCGGACCUGUGGGCAGUUACGUUUGAUUUCCAAGGAUUCUCUUCAGAAAGAUUUUGGGGUGAAAACUGGCGAGAUGCUUUGGAGUUAUAGCAGAGGACUAGACCUUCGGUCAGUUACGGCGGUGCAGGAGAGCAAGACUAUAGGGGCUGAAGUGAAUUGGGGCGUGCGGUUUAGAGAUCAGCAAGAUGUUCAACACUUCCUCCGAUGCCUGUGCAAGGAAGUUUCUUUGCGUCUGCAAGGAUGUGAAAUGAUAGGACGCACCUUUACUCUUAAGAUUAAAAAGAGGAAAAAAGAUGCUGAAGAACCUACAAAGUAUAUGGGUUGUGGAGACUGUGACAACUUGAGCCGCUCCAUCACUGUGCCUGCCGCUACAGAUGACGUAGAAGUUCUGCAGAGGAUUUCAAAGAAGUUGUUUGGGUCAUAUUGCUUGGAUGUUAAGGAAGUUCGUGGGGUUGGUCUUCAGGUCUCUAAGCUUGAGAGUGCAGAUCCUUCUAAUAAAGGUUCAAGGACUCUGACAUCCUGGCUCAGCUCUGCGCCUGCCUCUGUUCAAACAGAAAAAGAUGAUAACGUUAUUGCUGCAGAUUGUAGGGAAAACGCAGAUUGUAAGAGGCAUGAUACUGGUGGAGUUUCUAGACUCCGAGAAUCUAAUUCAGCAGAACCCUCAGUUCAGUCAGGUGAUACGAGUUCAUCUUUGCCGCCCAUGUGUCACCUUGACAUGGAAGUUCUAGAGAACCUUCCUCCAGAGCUCCUUUCAGAAUUAGAUGGAACCUACGGCGGGAAGUUGUUUGAGUUGAUUGAGAAAAAACGAGGCAAAAGAAAAAUCAACAGCAAUUCUCCACAUAUCUCCUUGGAUGGCAUUAAGGGUUCAAAAUCUUUCUCAGUUAAGAUACACGGCUUAAGAACAUCUGGAGAAAAGGAAUGUGGAGAACCGAGUGUGCCGCAUCCUUCUAUUGCAACAACAUCUAAUGAGCGUACCAUUGAAAUGACUGAUUUGAUGCCUUCAUCACUUAGUCAAGUCGAUUUCUCUGUGUUGCAAGAAUUACCUGAAGAGUUGAGAGCUGAUUUGCUGGGAGCAUUUCCUACCCACAGGAGACAACACUCAUCAUCAGAUGCUCCCAUGGAGACUUGUAAGAAACAAGAUACGGAGCCAAGAGAUGUAAAGGACGCUGAGAAUGAGAUCGGAUUCUCGUGUAGCUCUCUCUGGUUUGGGAACCCUCCUCCGUGGGUAGAGAAUUUCAAAGCUAGCGGCAAUAGUAUCUUGGAAAAAAUUGCAGAUAUAUACUACAGGGUGGCUCAGUCAAGGCCGAUGUUAUCCACGGUCCUGCAACAUACUGUUUCAGAAGUUGGGAGUUUUCAUGAUGCAAAUGCCAAUGAUUUGGACAAAUCUGUUUAUGAUGUGUGUGAACUUUUAAAACAGUACAUUAAGCUCAAGGUAGAAGGUGAUAUCGAGGAGAUUUAUCUCUGCUUCCGCCUUCUGAAAAGAUUAGCAGCAACGAGCCAGCUCUUCGUCCAGGUCUAUGAGAUUUUGUCUUCCUUUAUUCAGGCCUUGAUCAGUGAACACUAUGGAGGAAGCUUGAGUGUAUCUUGAAAGCAACAAUUUGCGUGGAAUUGCUCCUUAGCUGGAUGCAACAGAAUAGAAGAAUGCAUACUUGCAGGUUCAUUCGCUAAUAUAGUCCCUGUUUAUCCGUAAACUUCAUUUGUUGACAUCCUUACCAACCAAGAAAUGUGCAUCCUCAAGGUAAAUGCACAUGAAGCAGCUUAAGCAAUCAUACUUGGGAGGAUCCAUUGUGGCAUUUCAAUGUUAGAAGAAUGGUGCGGUUUCCCAUGUGAAAUGGAGUCUCAGAAGAACGCAUUUGCAGAAUAAGAUAUGGAUGUGAUUCAGACCUCAAAGAACAGAGCUAAUUAGUAGUUACUAUUUUCUGGUCUAGGUGUGUGUAUACUCAAGAAACUAACACAUACAUAAAUUACAAGUAUAGUGUUGUCGUCAGUGUUGAGUUUAAGGGUUUUGAAAGAAUUUGUUGUAUUGCAAAAACAGUAAACUUGAUAUUCAGAUUCA